CACGGUUAAAGUUGUUUUCGCAGAUUUCGCAACAAGUCAGCUGCACUGGUGGUCGGUCACGUGUGUAAACAUGCGCGGCCAAAGAAGUUUCAUUUCACAUUUUUUUAACGCCUUGGAAUCUACAAAAAUAGGAAGAAGGUAUCCCAACUGGAACUAAUCCGCGCUCACAUGACUUGUUUGAGGAACCAACAUGGUGGUCACAGUCCAAGUUUAGCUUCGCCGUCUCUCAUGUCCAAAUUGGACAGAGAAGUUCACCGCCGAGGAGAUGAUCUCAUCGCCGGAUUUGCUGCCCUUCACCGGGCCGGAGGGCUUCGGGGAGGACGCGGUGGAGGGUGACCCCGGGGGUCUCCCUGAGACACUCUCCGUACCGCUGUUUCCACCCAGACAGCCAUGGAGCUCCACGGCCAGCUUCCACAAGGACUUUGUGCUGGUGGCAGAGUUCUCAGAGCAGGUGGGCCCGACGCCCGUGAUGACCAUCCCAGCUGACCCUGGGGUCAUCGGUUCUUUUGACCUCAACCACUUCUCCGUUCGCAUCAUGUCGGUGGACUACCAGGCGUCAGGCCCCUGCCACGUUCCUCCCACCUCCCCGGGCCCCCGCCUCAGCUUCAGCGAGGACUCCAAGGUGGUCCUGGGUGACUCGGCGGAGGACGCCUUUGCGUAUGUGCAGCAUGUGACAUUGUACGACCUGGAGGCACGCGGCAUGGUGCGGCCGUUCUGCAUGGCGUACGUGUGCUCGGAGGAGGCCAAGCUCAUGGAGAACUUCUCCCGGCUGUCGUCGGGCUUCUCCCGGGCGUCCGACAGCCUCAAGACAGGAAACAGGCAGGCCUUUUCUUUGGAGCUGCAGAGGAAGCUACAAGAGCUCCAGUAUGCACGCUCGACGUUGCUGCGGGAUGUUGCGGGAGGAAAGUCGGAUGAGCUGGAAGCUCUGGAGCGCUCCAUCUUCACUCACAAAGAACUUCUUCGCCAGGUGACUUCCUACCCAAACAGGAAGCUCCAACAGCCGGACUUCUUGCCGUACGACCCCGCCUUGACGGACACGACGGCAGUCCCGCCUCCUCACCUGUUACCACCCACUUCCUGCAGGUCAGAGCGCCACCUGAAGCCCUUAGAGGAGCUCUGCAACGCCUACUUCCUGUUGCUGAUGCAAGAGCAGCUGGCUCACACAGAGCGCCGUCUCCGUGGCGACGCCAGCACCCUGCGGAGCGCUCACAUCACACGCUCGCUUUCCAGGAAGCUACAAAUCACCAACUUCCUCUUUGAGCUGUGGCGGCCUGACGACGAAGAGGAGGAGGAGGAGGAGGAUGAGGAGAGCGCAUCACAGAGAGCAACAGGAAGUCAAAGCGAGGAGCAGCCAAUGAGUCCCGAGUCGUUCUGCUCCUGCGUGGAGGAGCUGCCAAUCAAACUGGAGGCGGGAGAAGAGGUGACCCCUGACCCACAGGGCAUCAUGGAGAUGACAGGAAGCGUCAGCAGCAGUGACAGCAUCGAAGUGCUCGGGACGGAGCGCUCGUAUCGCACGCAGCGGCAAGAUGCCUCGGACUUUGAGGCGCCCACGGCGAGGAGAGGCGGGUCAGAGGCGGUCCCCCGGCGAGUGAGAGGAUACACCAGACGAGCCAACAGCGAGGACAGCAUCGAAGUCCUGAGCACCACCGAGUCAAUCGUCCCCGAGGACCUCACCGCCAUCACUGAGGAGGAGGCGGAGCCACAGCCUCUUAGUAACGGUUUCUCAGAGAAGUGGGAGGAGCCAAGAAAUGAAGCAACGAUGAAGACCUGUGAUGAUAAACUCGUUAGCAGUGACGUCACAGUGAAGGAGAUUCUUUGGGGGAGGAGCCUGGGUGAUGAUGGAACAGGAAGUAGACCAAACCACCAGACGCUGCCUGACCUCCUGGUGAACUUUAGCACGCCGCCCUCCUCCCCACUCAGGGCGCAUAGAGCAGCAGAUGAGGCGUGGGACAGCGCCAGCUUAGCCGGCUCCUCGGACCCGCCCUCCCCGCACCAGAAGGUCCGAAGUGGCGUCCUCUCCGACAAACGGACACGAAAGAAGGCGGGGCGCCGAGCACUGCGCUUCCUCAAGCAAAACUCCUUUUCCCAGCAUGCCGUGUUCUGUUUGUUUAGCGGGCGGCCGCUGGUGGUCGUCGGCGGCGAUGAGGGUCUGCUGAGGAAGACUGUGGACGGUCUGAGCCUUUUCCUGCCUGCCCCCGGCGUUGGUGCGGUGAUGCCGUGUUUGAGCACGCCGCUGCAGCUGAGCGACCUCCUCACCUGGAGGCUGAUGGGCAUCCACAGGUCGACAUCAUCAUCUUCCGCCAUGCUUCACUCCCUGAGCCGCUACAGUCGUUAUCUGGGCCUGCUGGACUUGGACCAGAGGACAUUACGCUGUCCGUCCUACGCCGGCUCGCUGGUCAAAGCGCUGGCCGACCGCUCCACCAACAUCUCGCGUGGCGCCACCUAUCUGCUGCACCUGGAGAGCGGUCUGACGGCGCUGGCCAACUGGGCUCUCCUGUUCACGUUCGGUUCCAAAGUGCCCGAUCACGGAGAGGCUACCCCGUCCGUGCCGGGCGACUUGAGCGUGAUGCGUUUCCUGUCCGACCUCAUCAAACGGCACCACGCCGGACGUGGACCACCGGCGUUACGCUUCUCGUACGUGCCGCUGCACGUCCACAAAAACACCUCAUCAUAAAAACAUUGAGACUGAGUGGUUAGCGCUAAGGCCUCACAGCUAGGAAACAAGUUCGAUUCCACCCUCGGCUAUCUGUGUGGAGCUUGCAUGUUCUCCCCGUGCAUGCGUGACUGAGGAUCAUCGCCUGUUUUAGUGGUUUAACGCUUGAUUUUAAUGUCAAGUCUUGAUAAAAGAUUUCAAAAUAAGGCAUCCUUUUGCAGGGGUGUUCUGAGGAACAUAGCCACCCAUAGCACUUUCAAAAUAAAACAAACACCCAAGGCACAUAAUUAAACACAUCUUGCAUCAAAA